AUGUUUUCAAGUCACUGUAGAGUUAUAAAAAGAAAGCUAGGCCGGUGGACUGUGUACGACUAUACAGGGGAGUUCAACCCUGAGCUAUACAAGUACAUGCGGAAAAUGGCAACUCUACUUCCGCCAACAAAGAACAAUAGCUUUCUUUUGGACAUUGAGUCUUGGUAUUCCAUCACCCCCGUUGAUUUAGCAAACAAGAUUUCUCAGGGGGUUCAGAAAAAGUAUGGUGGGCCAGUGAAGGUUCUUGACCUCUUCUCCGGGGUGGGAGGAAAUACGGUUUCUUUUUUAAAUUUUGGAAAUACUGUGCACUCGAUUGAAAUAGACUACAAAAAAAUUCGAUGCUUGAGGCAUAAUAUAAAAGAGUGCACAGAUCGCGGUGAGAGCCAGAUUCUUCACUUUAGUGUGUAUGACCCUGAGGUACAUAGUUAUUUAGACCGCUCAUAUGAUGUGCUAAUGGCCUCUCCACCAUGGGGAGGAGUGGAUUAUAAGGAGGACUCUGACUUAGCUCUAUUUAAUAAGUGCCGUAUACUUGAGCUAGAGAAGAUUUACAGUGAUAAAGUUGGGCUAAGAAUAUAUAUGCUGCCGCGCACCAUAUCAAAUAGUGUUUUUUCGCUGCUGAAUUCUGAUUUUGCUAUUUUUAAUGGAACUACCGACCGAAACAGAGUUGUUGCCAAGAUAAUUGCAGUUGGUGAUAUUUCUGGAUUUGUGAUAUAAAACCAUUCCUGUAAACUAUGUACUCUGUGUUGUUUUAUGUUGUAGAUAAGAGCUUAGGCCGCCUUGCACAUACACACAGCCAACACGUAUAAAAAUACUUUUUGUGCUUAAUAGCCGAUGUAAUAGAAGGUAAGAAUACAUACAUUUUUGUGAUGUG